AUGACUUGGCGUCAGAGUAUGGAGCGAAUGGUUAUACAUCAGACGAAGGUCUAUCAGACCAAGGCGAAUCGGACCAAGGCGAAUCGGACCAAGGUGAAUCAGACCAAGGUGAAUCAGACCAAUGUGAAUCAGACCAAGGUGAAUCAGACCAAGGUGAAUCAGACCAAGGUGAAUCAGACAAGGGUGCGGCAAAUAGUGAUGCAUCAGAUGAUGAACCAGACCAAAAUCCACCAAGAUGGCGUGGAUGGAACAUGGAACGCCUCCCAACCAGAUUGGAAGACUUGGCGGGACUUCUCAAAACAGUACGCCUUGAACUUGGAAUACGGCCCAAGGACUCCAAUGAGGAUAUGA